GUGGAUUGAAGCUUUGGCCCUUGAACGACGACGUAGCCACAGCCGGCCCGCGAUAGCCCUCGAGAUUCCACCGCCCCGCCCGAAACCUCGCGCACUCACGCAGACGCAGUGCUCUCGCCGGCAUGCCUCCAUCGAGGAGGCGAUCACGAUCGGUCGUCGAUGGUGAUGGCGGUGCCGAUGGGUCGGUGCGCAAACGCCAGCGCCGUCGGGAGACCGAGAUAAAACCAGAUUCGGACGAUGGCGAGGAUGAGUUCCAUUCGUUCGCGCAGGACGGCGACGAGCGCGCCGGGUCGUCCCAGAGAGCCAGCGCGAUCGUGGCCGCCGCCCAAAACGACUACCAGCCGGGCGCAAUCCUACGAGUCACCGUAGACAACUUCGUUACCUACGAACACGCCGAGUUCUACCCAGGUCCCAACUUGAACAUGGUCAUCGGGCCAAACGGCACGGGAAAGAGCUCCCUGGUGUGCGCCAUAUGCCUCGGCUUGGGGUAUAAUACCAAUGUUCUUGGGCGCGCAACCUCGUACGCCGAGUUCGUCAAGCACGGGAAAGACAGGGCCACUAUCGAGGUAGAACUACAGAAGAGGCCAGAUGACAGAAGGAAUCCAAUCAUCAAGCUCCGAAUUAAUCGCGAAGACAACACUCGGCAAUUCAGGCUCAACGACCAGCAGUGUGCCCUGAAGGACAUACAGAAAUUGAUGUCUAAAUUUCGCAUCCAGAUUGAUAACCUCUGCCAGUUCCUACCUCAGGACAAGGUCGCCGAGUUUGCCGGUCUGAGCCCCAUAGAGCUGCUCGGGAAGACACUUCAAGCCGCGGCGCCAGAGAUCAUGAUGCGGCAGCAAGAGCAGCUCCGAGGCAUGUAUUCCAAACAAAAGGAAUACCAGCGACAAGGACAAGACGAGACUGAGCGCCUCAGGAUCAUGGCCACAAAGCAGCAAGGCCUGCAGCCCGACGUCGAAAGGCUGCGGGAGAGGGGUGAAAUCGAAAAGUCCAUCAAGACCUGGGAGCGCGCCCUGAUCUUGUGCUCCUACCAGGAGGCACGCCAUAGACACACAGAGGCCAAGAACAAGAAAAAAGAGGCCGAGGGCAAGCUCAAACGCUUCCAGCAGGGUGCCGGCCCGGCAAUGCAGGCCGUGAACGCCAAGGAGGAAUACGCAAGAGCGGUCCAGGCCUGUAUCCCGCCGCUCAAGCGGAAGGUGGCAGAUGGCCAGAGAACGGCGAGGCAGUUGACGGACAAGAUCUCCAAUCUGGACGAACAGCUGAAAGAUGUCAACAAUCAGCGUUCAGCCUUGCGGAACGGCAUCCAGAGAAAGAAGGCCGACGUUGGCGUCCACAAGGCCAAGAUUGGCGAGCUGCAGCGGGAGAUGAACAAGAAGGUGCCCACUUUUGACGCGGCUGACUGGAACACUCGGAUUCGGGAAAAAGAACACCAAUGGAGAGAGCGUGACGGCGAAUCCCGCAGGCUCGAGGUGGAGGCGGGAGAGGUGUGGGCGGCCGGCAGGGAGAAGUCUCGGAUGAAGACUGUGGUGCAGGGGCAGAUACAGGCCCUCGAUACCAGAGAAGGACAGGAGCUCAACCGCCUCGAGCAGCAGUUCCCCGACGUGGCCGCCGGCUACAAGUGGCUGACAGAGCACAAGAAUGAGUUCCAAAAGGAGGUCUUUGCCCCGCCAGCGCUCAGUUGCGCAAUCAAGGACCAGGCCUACUCUGACCUGGUGCAGAGUCUGCUGCAAAACGACGACUAUCUGUGUUUUGUCACGCAGUGCAAGGAGGACCACACAAAGCUGAGUGACCAGUUCUACCGAACGAUGGGUCUCUCGGUGAGCAUUCGGACAUGCUCGUCUCCACUGGAUAGCUUCCGAUCUCCCAUGUCCUCCAACGACAUCAGACGCCUGGGCCUCGAUGGAUUCGCAAUCGACUAUGUGGACGGCCCCGAGCCGGUGCUCGCCAUGCUUUGUGCAGACAAAGGGCUGCACAAGUUCGGUGUCGGGAGGAGAGACAUCACAGAGCAGCAAUAUGACCAGCUGAUUCAGACCGAGAGCAUCGGCAGCUUCGCCGCGGGCGGUGUCUCGUACAGAACCACGCGACGAGCCGAGUACGGUCCGCAGGCGGUCUCAACCACGACCAGCCAAAUCAGGCAGGGCAUGUUCUGGACUAAUCAGCCUGUUGACUCGGUCGAGCAGCAACGACUGAAAGCCGAGUACAGCGAGAUCAUAACAGAGCUCAAGGCAUUGGGGGAGCAAAAGAGUAGGCUUGACUCGCAGAAAACUGCAGCCGAAGAGAGCAAGAGGAUGCUCGACGACGAGAUGAAAACACUGAGAGAUGCAAAGAGCGCGCAGCAAUCAGAGUUCAACAAGUGGAAGGCAAUACCCAAGCAGAUCGAGGAUGAACAGGCCAAGGAGGCUCAAAAGAGGCGAGAGCUGGCAGAUGUGCUGGGCAAAAUAGAUGGACUCAGCGAUCAGCUCGACGAAGUGGCAGUCAAGCUGGCCGAGGCCGUGUUGGAGCUCCGGAACCACGUGACCCAGAUGGAGGAGGCGUACAACGAGGUCCUCCAGGCACAGCUUCGGGCGCUCGAGGCCGAGUCGGACGCGGCGGCGCUCCGGGACAAGAACCGCGAGGUGCACCAGCUGCUGGAGGAGGGCAAGCGAGUGAUAGCGGAGCUCUCGGCGCAGCAGCAGCAGGUCAAGGAGGAGGCGCAGGGGCUACAGCGCGAGGUGGCAGACGCGCUCCAGGGCCAGGGCGACGAGGAGCGGGCGCAGCUCGAGGAGCUGUACCACGGCAAGACGGCCGAGGAUGUGAGCAACGAGCUCGAGGCGCAGCGGUCGCGGCUCGAGUACGUGCACGCGGCCAACCCCGAGGUGCUGCACGAGUAUGACCGGCGGGCGAAGGAGAUGGGGAAGUUACAGGAGCGCAUGGCGCAGCGCGAGGGGCAGACGGUCCAGCUGGCGGGCGAGAUCGGGCGGGUGCGCGGCGAGUGGGAGCCGCGGCUGGACGAGCUCAUCGGGCGCAUCAACGAGGCCUUCAGCUACAACUUUGAGCAGAUCAGCUGCGCGGGCGAGGUGAGCGUGCAUAAGGACGAGGACGACUUUGACCGCUGGGCCAUCGAGAUCCGGGUCAAGUUCCGGCCGGGCGAGGCGCUCCAGAUCCUGGACCAGCACCGGCAGUCGGGCGGCGAGCGGUCCGUGAGCACAAUCUUCUACCUCAUGUCGCUCCAGUCCAUGGCGCAGGCGCCCUUCCGCGUCGUCGACGAGAUCAACCAGGGCAUGGACCCGCGCAACGAGCGCAUGGUGCACGAGCGCAUGGUGGACAUUGCCUGCGACGAGCACUCGUCGCAGUACUUCCUCAUCACGCCAAAGCUGCUCACGGGCCUGCGCUACCACCCGCGCAUGAAGGUGCUCUGCAUCGCCUCGGGGCCCCACGUGCCCGCCGGCAACAGGAAGGUGGACUUUGGGAGCUUUGUCAAGAUCAAGCGGCGGCUGUUGGCUGCCGCGUCGUAGGGGAUUUUUGUUGUUCUUUUUUUGGGGUCACAUCUACAGGCUUGUCUGGUGUGUUUUUGUACGUGCUAUUAUAAUGCUAGUAGCUUCUGGAACGGGCAGGUCUGGGCUAGUUAGUGUUGGAGACGACGGGUUUGGGAAUAGGGAUUUGUCCAUGAUAUCCAUCUUCAGUUUACGCCAUUUCUGUUUUUUUUUUUUUUCGUGUGUGUUUUC